AUGGCUAUCAAAUUGCUCGAAAAAGACAUUGAGGCAGGUCCUUAUGAGCCAAUUCGCUUUUCGAACGAACGCAGACGCGGCUGUGCAUAUGUCCGCUUCCUUCUUGGAUCACUUGUGUCUUUGGCUACACUCGUAUACCUUGUGUUUUCCAGAAACACUUGUGCUUUCCAUACAUUUUUCCAACUUGCUCCUGUGGCUCCAAUAGAGCUGUUUGAGGUUUUGCCUCCUGUCGCCUCCUCGACUUUGACUUACAACGUGUCGGACAUUGUGUUUGACGAUGUUCUGUUUGCCAGUUCCUUAUCGGCUCCAUACAACUCUCCAAGUGAUUUCAACUUCACUGGCGGCUACAUGACUUUGAAUGUCACCGCAGCGCCUCUGGCUGAAUCUGCCUUUUCGGUGCUUGAGAUUUCUGUCGAUGGUGUUCCUAUCUGGCGUACGGCUACUCCAUUCCCUCUGGUGGACACUGAAGUGUUUUCGUCUACGUCCAAGAACAUCUCGGAGUACUUGAGCUUGUUCGAAGCCAACCUGACCAUUGAGGUCUCUUCUAUCGAAGGUGCGGGCUCUUUUGCCCUUUCGUUGGAGGUGGUGUUGUAUGCGGAACCUAAAUCUGCCGUUGCGCCAUCAAAGGGCCUUGCAGUAAGCGACUUGUUUUCGCCUCAGGGACCAGCUUCCCAUGUUUUCGCUCUUCAGGACAAGCCAGUCAAGCUUCCCGAGGCUGGUUUCGUCGCAACAUUGCCUCAAGUGGCUCUGAAUGUCACUGCAGCGAAAAUCUCCCUUUUUGUUUCCGCUUCAGACGAAGAAGUGGAAUUCUACAAAAGCGGUGUGUCUCCUGCCGGUGAGCCUUUGGCAAGUGGCCCGUUCCGCCAGUUCAAUCUAUUUGUUUCCGGUACAUAUGCUGGCACCGUGAACCCAAAGCCAACAUUGUUCCAUGCUGACAAGUUGUUUGAUGGCCCUAACCCUUGGACUCCUCUUGUAGACUCAGGAACAUACAGCGGCUUUGCCUACGAAGUGGAUCUUGUUGCGUUGUUGCCCUUGCUUUGGGAAGCAGAACAGACUUUGGAGAUUAUUGUUGUCUCACCUGUUCAAGCUGCUGAUGCAACCCCGGUCCCUCCCCCAGCACAUCCAAUCUCGUCUGUAACAAACAUUGCUGCUGGUUCGUGGACUGUUUCGGGUGCAUUGCUCGUCUGGGAAAGCGCUUUGAUCCAAUCCGCAUCAGGAAAUGUUGUUUCUGCGGAAUCACUGCAACUUGAUCUGGGCACCGUAGUGUCUCCUCCAAAGAUCAGUCCAUGGCAGCCCCAGUUGACUAAUCUGAAGGCAUCUUCCACGCUGAACUCGUCAACUAUCUCCAGUUUCCAUUUCGUUUUGCUGGACAACACCACCUCCAACCUUAAUGUUGUGGCUAACACCUCUUCCCUUUGUUUCCUCACAAGACAAGAGAUGGUGUUGUCAACACCAGUGGGCCCACCAGGCGGUGGUCUUGCAAAAGAAAAGACGUCUCUUUCCUCCUUCGCCUUGUCCACCACCAAAUUCAAGUUGGAUGUACAAGACCCUGCCACAAACUUGACCUUGUACUCUACUUCGACCAAGACGGCGCUUCCUCUCAGUUUCCGCUUAAAGGGUGAGAAGGAUGUUGCUGGAGCAACCACUGCAUCAUAUACUGGCAAAAUCGAGACUGAUGUGAAGAAAAAGGUGAAUGCAGUUGCGGUGUCCUCGGUGAAAAUCAAAGAAGAAGUAAGUGGAGGCGAUGCAGUUGACUCUGUCGUUGAAGUUUCCUACAAGAAAGACGCUGACUACAAGAGGAAGGUUCAAAGUGUCAACGGGAUCAUAAUCUCUGACACCGCUAAGCCAAUCGUCUUUUAG